AUAAAAUUUAUAUAAUCAGUUUCCGUUUGUACUGUCACAGAACAAGACAUCAUCUUCUUACUAAAUAAAAAUGAAAAUAUUUGCUUUUGUCUUAGCUAUCUUUGCUCUGAUUUCUUUUGGUGCUGCACUCAAGGAUGAGGUUUGCGGUUUGCCACAUUCCAAAAAUGGCAAUGGUGUAAUGGCUUGCUUGGCCUAUGGCAAGGCUUGGUCCUAUAAUGCCGAAACAAAUGAGUGUGUCGAAUUUGUCUAUGGCGGUUGUUUUGGCAACGAUAAUCGUUUCCCUUCCCAGGAGCUAUGUGAAGAGAAAUGCAAGGAAUAAUGAAAGUUUAAAAUAUUAAAUAUUUACACUUUUCCAUGGCAUACAAAUGUAGCUCUCUGCAUGUGUACGAAUCAAUUUUAGUGGUUUAUAAAAAUAAUAAAAACGAUUGAUUAAAA